AUGGUCAAUCCAAAUGGCUACCACUUCUCGAACACUGAAUAUUACAGUACCCUGCAGGUAGUCCCACAACCACAAAGAACACCGGCAUGGAUUGAUGGGUUAUUUGAGGAGAAGGAAUCUCUCCAGGUGUGGCCGGAAUCUACAUUGGAACCAGUCAAAGCACGACUAUUUAGUGAUCCGUCCGAUGCGCCAGAAUUAUCACCCUACAAUUCACCCCUAGCUUCUUCGAUAGCACCCGAUGCAUCGUUAACUCGCAGUUUCGGGACCCUCAUUACAGAAAAGAAGGGUGGUGCCUGGAAAGGAGGCCGAACGAUAUGUGGAAUUCCACGGAAGACUUUCUGGAUUCUGCUCGGGGUGAAGCUUCUCAUGAUGGCCCUAGUAAUCGCUGUCCCAGUGGGCUUGUUCGUCCGUCGGGGCAAGCACACAUCAGCACACGCCAAUGCCUCGAAUGUGCCGCCAAGCAGCCCCAUAAUGAUAAGCAACACCUCUAGCCUCGCCUCGAUCGCUUGGAACGACACCAAUGGCAUCAUGCAGUACCGAGUUUAUUGGCAGGGCGAAGAUAAUAUUAUAAGGGAAUCUGCCUGGAAUGCGACCGCAAACUUGUGGCAACUCUCGAAUAGUGCAAUAGGCAUUGCCAAAGCCAAUUCUCCAUUGGCUGCUGUCGUUAGCGGUCCAGCGGUCUAUCCAUUUCAAAUACAUCUCGGUGCUAUCAGCGCUAGCGAUACCAUUGUCUUUUGGCUCUGUACCGACCCUGAACUAGUCGACGGGGAGACUAAUUUCACGAGCGGGCCUUUCAUUGACCCUACCAAUGCACCAGCCGCACAUACAGCUCUCGCCGCGACUUGGGACCGUGCGCUUGACUGCAAUGGUUGCUCCGAAACCCUUCUCCUUUUGUACCAGGAUACCGCUGGGCAGUUGGCAUUGGGAAACUUGACCGUUGAUGGGUGGCUGUGGUCUACACUUUUUGCAAACCCAGUGCCUGGAACAGGCCUUGCGCUCGACGUGCGAUCCAUGGGCAAUGUGACAAGAAACAUAGCCAUUUUCUACCAGCUUGGAAAUGACUACCUUACAGCAACGCUAUUCAAUGGAACUACCUAUCAAUGGGAGACCCGAGAAUCAGAUCCUAUCGGAAUGAUCGCCGCCAACGCCUCCAUAGCAUCCUUCAACUACGGCUCCACCUCAGUAGGCGUGACGCUGGACGAAGUCGUCUUAUCGACGGGCUCGAAUGGGACAGCGGUUAAUAUUUGGGAUGGUCAAACCCAGACGUUUGGGACGGGGGAAUACUCAACGGUCCUGGGAGAGUCAAGAUCAUUGGCAACCAAUGCGGAUGCACACGCGUACGGCUUGCAACAUGGUACUGUCAAAGAGUUCAAAAUUGAUAACAUGCUCGCUUGGUCAGUCGUUGGGAACGUGACUACUAGUUAA